AUGUAUUUAGCAGCUGUAUUUCGUAACCAACUUUUGCACAAUCAGCAACUCAGAAUUUCUAUAUCUAACCAAGUGUUCGAACAAAAACUAGCCCAACGAACCCAUUACAUUUUGAAAAAUUAGGAAGGUUACAUCGCACUAUUUGAGGAUAAUAUAAAUUCUUUCAGAAAUUUCAGUAUUGAAUGGUUGUCUCGACCAAAGAAUUCUGUUAUUAAAAAUAUCCUCUAUGAGUUCAAUUCCAUGAUUGAAUUAAACUAAUGGGGUGCACAUGUUCAUAUAGAGAAUACAACUUUUGAUAGGAUUUCCAAUUGUGGUUCCAUUCUGAGAAAUACAAAUGGAACUUAUCGCCCAGAAGACUUUAACUUAAUAAGUAGUCUUGCAACAAUUGACAUAUAGAAUUAAAUACUUACUAAUAAUAUAAAGCUUUUGUUAGAAUAAUAGCAACAUGCUGACAAAUCUUUGGCUUUAUCUAGGCCUUAUUCCUGCACAUCAGCAGACAUUAACGGUAGUAUCUAGUGUUUCAAGGUUAAUUUUAUCAAUAAUACAUUUAAAAAUUUCAACUAUAUGAAAGAGUAGAUAAGCUAACCAGCAUUAGUUAAUCCUAUGUAGAAAAUGUAAUACUGGGGCCAAGUCUUAACCUUAAAUGAUUUUGAUGGGCAAGUUGUAAUUUAAGAUAAUAUCUUCGAUAAUAAUACAAUUCAAUACAAAACUUGCGAAGUAUCUAAGACUUUGAGUUUAGCUAAGGAAUAGGAAGAAAUGACAAAUUUUUAGAUAAUUUUAAACCGAAAAACUAAUAAUAGAUUCUAUAAUAACACAUCUGUCAAAGCUCUUAUACGUUUGGAUAAUUGCCACAGACUGCACCCAGUUAUAAUAUAUAAUAAUACUUUUGAAAAUAAUGGCGGUUAUUUCGGUGCUACAACUAUGUUUGUUCGGGCUAGAGCCAGACCUAAUACAACAUUAAAUAAUAUAGAACCUUCAAAUGAGGCAAGCAUUUAAUGUGGAGGAUACUUUUUCUAUAGUAAUAUCUACAAACUCAACAUGGGAUGUCCACAAUACCAUACACCAGUGUUUGAAUUUAACUGUGUCAAUCAUAAUUCCACAGUUGCAUUAAAUGAUGAUAGUUCCUUUUAGACAUUUACAUCAGAUCAAUCUAUUUUAGAGAACUAUAAAAAUUAAACUAACUAGUAUAAUAGAAUUAUGAACUUUAGCAAUUAGAUUUAGAUAAUUAUUGGUUAAAGUGUGCUUUCCUUAAAUACCAGUAAAACAGAAUUUUAUGACAAUCAUUAUACUGAAAAUUAUGCUUCUGGCUAAGCAGGAAUAGUCAAUUUUAGAGGAUUACAAAAUUUGGAGUCGAUAAAUGAAAGAUACAUUAGAAAUGGGGAUUCACAUUCAAAUUUGCUAAAUGCCUAUUCACAUCUUCUUAGGCCUGAUACCUCAUCUUCAAUAUAAACUCUGCUUGUCAGCUUAAAUACUCUUAAGUCUACAAUAUUAUACGAUUCGGGAUUCAAUCCAAUUUUCAUCAAUUUAACAAUUUCUGGUGGGUUCAAAUUAACGUAAUAAAAAAAUAGAGCUUUUGCCAUGCACUUAUACUUUUCUAAUUCAAGAGGGCAGUUACAUUUAAUGAAUAUGACUCUUAAAAAUUUUGAGAUACUUGCAAUAAAUUAAUCUGGGGCUGUUACCCCUUUGGACUAAUCAUCCAUAAAAACGAGUCAAUCUUUGAUUGAAUUUAGUUCAUCAUACUUCUCAAGAUAUAAUAUAGAAGGACUAAGGAUUUCAAACAUUACUUUAAAAGGAGAUAGUUUGUCGUCUUCGGAUUCAACCUUAAAUCCGUAAAUCAUUCCAUCUGAUUCUGGAUAAACGGAACUUAUCUCAUCAAGCGAUUUAAGUCUCAUCUUCUAAAUCCCAACAAUUAUUAUUCUAAAAAACCUUCAAAUUUUAAACCUGACUUGCCAAUUUUGCAAUAAUUUCUUAUUCUAAUUUGCUUCUACCAAUUUGAGUAUUAAUAAUGCGUCAGUGCAAAACUAUAAUAACUUAUUUACUUCAAGAGUACCAAGAGAAUCUAACUUCAGAAGUGGGUUAAUCGGAUUUUAUCAUGCUCCUGAUUCUACUUAAACAUUAUCUAAUAACAAUCUAACCUUGAUAUCAGAUUCGAAUUUCACAGAUGCACAUAAUAGCAUAAUGAGAAUAUAUCAUUUAGGAUAGGAUAAGAUGAUUAACUAUAAAAUCUUUAACUCAACAUUCAUAAGAAUAAAUACUGUUGAAAACACUGGUGGAGUCUUUUAUGUGUAGAAUAUUAAUCCACUUGUCAGUACAUACAAUUUUUGGAUCGACAGUUGUAUCUUUUAAUAUGUAAAAUUCAAGUAUCUGACGACAGAAUCUACUGGUUCUAGUGGUGGAAUAGCUUACUUAUCUGAAGCUAUAGGGUUAUAUGUGUCAAAGACCUAAGUAAUAAAAGUUUUAUAAGAAUCAUCUGGCCAUGUAUUCUAUUUUAAUUUGCUGAAGACAACUCAAACAGUUGUAAUUAGUAUUGAAGAUUCUAAUAUAAGUUCAGAUUGUUAUCAAUGCAUGAAAGGCUAAUUUACUCCGUAGAACUAUGGAAUGAUCUAUGCUUUAUCGACGACAGCAAAUUUUUUGGUACUGUCUUCAAGAAAUAAUUACACAAGUAAUGGCAUUAAAUUUACUAACUUUGGAGGAAUCUACUUUGUACAGUCUUUUAUCUUUUUCAGUAAUUUUUUUGAGAAUGGUUCGACUUAUAGUAAUAUUGGCGCAGUCCAGGGUGGAAUUCUUUAAUGUGGUCUUUGCUCUUAGAUUGAAUUUUAAAAUUCAAAAGUCUAUAAUAUAUCAUCAAGCAGAGGAGGUUUUAUUGUUUAAGCAAAUAGUGAAACCAACACAACUUUUAAUGCAAAAGCUAACAUAAUCUCAUCACAAUUCUAUAAUGUAUCUGGUUUAGGAGGAUUAGUCUAUGCUGUAAACAAUAUACUUGAAGGAAUAAUUAGUCAGGCAAACUAUGAAUAUAAUAUUACUAAUUGUACAUUUAGUACAUUCGUUUCAUCAAUUGGGGGUAUGCUAAUAUCUUAAGCCUCUUCUUUGCUAAUAAAAAACGUUACAUAUUUGCUCAAUUUACCAGAUUCCUGUUAAGGGUGCUUUAUUAUUGUUGUUGGAGGAAAUUAUACUGUAAUAAUUGAAGAUUCUAAAUUCAUGGGCUAAGGAUAAUAAGGAUAAUUUAAUUUGAUGUACUUCUAUGAUACUACACGAAUUCCAACAAAUAUUGUUUAUUUGAAAGGGAACAAUUACUUUGGAAAUAUAAACUCAACACAUCCAACUCUAGGUAGCUUAAUAAGUUUUGAGGCUUAUAGUUUAGUAAGUCUUCCAGGCCGAACUACAAUUGAAAAUGUUCAAUCAUCAAUAGGAGCUUUAUAGUUCUCUUGGUCAAAUAUGAGUCUAAGAAAUACUACUUUUAAUAACAUGUAUAGCAUAGGCUAAUCUGCAGUAUUUUAUUUGAAAGACACCACAGAUAGUACUAUCAACGUAAGCAAUUGCUCUUUCAGUCAUAUUUAUGCUGAGAAUUCAGGAAUCAUAUAUUCUGGUGCUACUUGCACCACAGCAACUACACCUGUCACAUUCACAAACUCAACAUUUUAUAAAGUGAGAUCUAGAUCUCUAAGUGCAUUUGGAUAUAUCAAUAGUGCUACUUGCAAAUAUCAAUUCUAUAAUUUAGGUUUAGAUUAAUUAGGAGCUUCAAACCGAUCAAAUUAAUCAAUUUCAAAUGUGUUCACUAUAAUAGAAGUUGAUUCAAUUGAUUUUGCUAAUAUUACAGUUAAUAAUCUUAAUUCAAUGACUCCCAUAAUGACAAAUUUAAUCUACUCUACUUCCUAAACUGCAACAAUUACUAUAAUGAACUCAAAUAUCUAUUGUUAAGAUGACUAUGACUAUCAGUAAAACAAUUACUAUGCUAUAUUCAAUCUAAAUAAUGGAGCUUCAAACAAAUCAAAUCAAUCAAUGUCAAAUGUAUUCACUAUAAUAGAAGUUGAUUCAUUUGAUUUCGCUAAUAUUACAGUUAAUAAUCUUAAUUCAAUGACUCCUAUAAUGACAAAUUUAAUCUACUCUACUUCUUAAACUGCAACAAUUGCUAUAAUGAACUCAAUUAUCUAUUGUUAAGAUGACUAUGACUAUCAGUAGAGCUAUUACUAUGCUAUAUUCAAUGUAAAUAAUGGCAAAUCUCUGAAAUCUUAUAAUAAUAAAUUCAAGAAUUGUUAUAAAGGUGAGCAUGGAGUUUUCCUCAUUACAAAAUUAAAAUAAUUUGAGGAUAGCAAUUCUACGUAUGAAAAUAUUGAUGGAGGUAUAGGUGCUAUUUAUUUUAUUCAAGGUUACUUUUCAUCAACAACUUCUGUUUCUAUUAAAGACUGUGUUUAUUAAAACAAUAAUGCAAGUAGUGGAUUAAUUUAUUUAGCUGACAAUCUAAACGUGCAGAUUUACAAUUUGACUUUUAUAAAUAACACUGCCGCAAUUGGAGGAGUAUUCUAUUUAAAUCAGUUGUAGAGAUCGAAUUUAGAGCUAAUUGUAUAGAUUAAUAAUACUAUAUUCCAAAAUAAUACAGCUUAAUUUAAUGGCGGAGUGUUUAUGACUUCUCACAGCAAGUUAAAUUUAACAAUAUUUAAUUCAAGCUUCAGAUCAAGCUAUGCUUCACAAGGAGGUGCUUUUUUUAACUCAGAUAUUUAGCAAUUAGUUGUUGAUAAUUGCUCUUUCAUUGAUUAAUACGCUGAUUAUGGUGUUAUUAUAAAUUCAGAAUCUAAGAACUCACUAUUAAUUUUUAAAAAUUCAAAGUUUGACGGUAAUAUCUAAAGUGGAUGGCCUCAAGUAACUUAAAUAUUCAGAGGAACUAAAUAUAAAUAUUAAUCAGCUUUUAACAUUUAAGGAUCUAAUGUGAUUAUCAGAGGUUCAUAUAACACUUAUAGUAACUUCUAACAGAGUUAAAAGGGCGGUAUCUACUGUAUAUAUUCAGCAACUCUGUAUGAAUUCAAAUCAACUUUUCAAAAUAAUUUUGCAGUCAUUGGUGGAGUCAUAUAUAGUCUAAGUGGAAAAAUAUACUCAAGCUACAACACAUAUACCAAUAAUUCAGCUAUUGAAGGUGGAGUCUCUUACUUGGAUAGUGAUUCUUACUAUUCAGCCUAUGAGGACACUUAUUAGCUAAAUAGUGCUAUAGCUUGUGGUGUAUAAUGUGCUCUAACUGGAUCCUAGCUAUUAAUAGAUGCAUCUAGAUUUUAUAAUAACUCCGGUUAGCAAGAUGCUGUAUUAACCUUAACAAGACCCUCUAACUCUAACUUGAGACUGGCUUCUGAUUAUGCUUUGAAUUUUGGUUCCUUCAUAUAUAUUAGUUUUGGUGCUAUAAUUGAUAUCAAUAAUGCAACUUUUGAUAAUGGAGUCGCUAAUGAUGGUGGUGCUUUAUAUCUGAAUGGAUUAUCUACUUUAACGAUAUUCAACUCUAUUUUUAGAAAUAAUUUAGCCUUACAAACUGGAGGCGCUAUUUUUCUUUCUCAAUAUAAAGACUUUACUUUGAAGAAUGCAACAUUUUAAACUAACAAAGCUUAUAAAGAUGGGGCUUCAAUAAGCGCAUAUAAUAGUGCUAAAUACAAAACUACAUUUAACAAUGUUACAUUCAGAGGAGACUCUAAUACAACCACAAUAAGAUUUGAAGAAAUACAGGCGUACUUAACUAAUUUUUAUAUUUGGGACAACUUAUUGGAUGUUUAUGCUGGAGCUGGUAUCAGAUGUAUAAACUGCUAUGAUUUUUAAUUGAGUGAUUGCUUACUCUAUAACAUGAGAGCAACUUAUGGUGGUGCUAUUUACUUCUCAGCUUAUGAUAUAUCUGCAAAUUUGAAUAAUAUAUACUAGAUUCAGAGAUGCAACUUCUCAAAUAACGCAGCUAAUCUUGGAGGGGCUAUAUAUGCAGAAGAUGUAAAAAGAAUAAGUAUCGUAGAUAGCAAUUUCACAAAAAAUGCAGCAAUUAAUUCAUCUAGUCUUCCUCUUGCAGGAUUUGGAGGAGCUGUUUUUCACUAUUGUACAAUUUCUACAACAUGUAUCAGUUAUAAUAUGGCAAAUCUUGUAUUUAACUUGAACAAUGCUCAGAACUCAGGAGGAUGUGUCAAGUGGAAUCUAUUAUAGCCAACUAUAUCAAAUUUAAGCUACACAUCAAAUUUUGCUAAUUUAUAUGGGAAAAACAUAGCAUCAUUCCCAAUAAAGCUGCAAUAAUAAGGAACAAAUGCAUCAAGCUAGGUUUCAUCAUACUUGUAAUUACCUUCUCAGUAAAGUGGAGGAGUUAUUCCUACAAUAUAUCUGGUAUUUAUUGAUCAUUAUGAUCAAGUUGUCAGUAGUCAUUAAGGUUAAAUUGUAUAGCUAAGUGUUUCUCAAAUAUAGGAUAGCGAAUACACAGUUUACUUUGAAGGAUCAUAAUCGUUUUUCUCUUAUAACGGUAUUGUAGCUAUAAGAGAUUUAACUUUAGUUGGCGAGCCUGGGAAAUCUUACAAUGUGUAUUAUGUCCAGGUCCUGGCACAUUUCAACUUGAAAAACAGACUUAACCUGGAAGCUGUGAGUAAUGUCCGCCCAAAGCCGGGUUAUUGGAGGAAGAACAACAAAACAAGUGUCUUUAUCAAAUGCUACAAUGAAGAUGCUUGUCUUGGGAUGAUUUAAAAUUAAGAAUUAACGGGUGAAUGCCAAGAAUCGUAUCGAGGAGUUCUAUGUGCUGAUUGUGAAUAUGGCUACGGAUAAGCUGGAUACUAUAAUUGCACAGAGUGUCCAGACAAUAUCUAGAAUAUUCUAAGAAUAGUAUUUAUUCUAAUCACAACUGUAUUCCUGCUUGGACUUUUCAUAAGACUGACAAUGAGGACAUCAAUUGAGAAUUUGAACCCCAUUUCGAUUUACUUGAAAUUAUUGCUUAAUCAUGUUCAGCUUAUUGCACUAACUUAGUCGUUUGAGCUUCUUUGGCCAAGUUGGAUUCAAAAAUACUUUGAGAUCUCAACUCCCGUGUUUCAAGCCACUUAGCAAAUAUUUUCUGUAGAUUGCAUGCUUAAUAUUAGAAAAGAGGACUCUUAUGAGAAGUCAUGUGACAAUAUAGACGGUGAGUAACGAUUGCAUUCAUUUUUAGAAAGUACCUGCUAUGAAGGUCCUCACUACUUCUGGUCUAUUUAUGUUGCCAUGCCAAGCAUCAUAUUCUGGGGAUUAGGAAUUCCUUUGAUUGCAUUUAUCAUCUUAAGGAGAAAUUCUUCAAAAAUAGAGAACAAAGAGAUUUAGGAAAGAUAUGGCUUCUUGUAUAAGGGAUAUACUAUUAAGUUUUAUUACUGGGAGAUUAUAGUUCUCUAUAGAAAGGCACUAAUUGCUAUAAUUGCAACCGUACUAUCAAAAUUAGGAGCUAUUACUCAGGCGAUGCUUGGUUUAAUUGUAAUUGGGUCAAGUGCAGCAGUAAAUCUUAAGACUGAACCUUUCUACUAGAGUCCUUUAAAUAGAUUAGAAUCAUUAUCACUGCUCAGCUCAUUGAUAGCAAUAUACAGUGGCAUAUUCUUUAUUUCUGACAAAAGUGAAGUCUCUCAAACUUCUGAGUCUACUAAAAAUUAAGUUGAGCUUAAUUCUCAAACAUAUAUUUUGUUUUUCAUCCUCAUACUUGGCUCCAAUCUAGUUUUUAUUACCUACUGGUGUUAUAUGGUAUUUUUCGAGAUUAAGCUAUACUUACUGCUUAAGUAUGAAAAGCUUUACGUAUUUUUUUGUGCCUUCUAAAAUUCAGAUAACUAUUAUAAGAAUAAGGAGGUAGCUCUGCAGCAAGUUAUGUCGGAUAAAAAUAAAAUCGAGAUACUGAAAAAAUUGGAUAAGGUUAAAUAAAGACUUAUGGCAAAGAGCUUUUUUAUAAGUGAUCAGGAUUUGAAGUAGCUGCUUGAACAUCUAUCUCUGACUAAAAUAGAGAAAAAUAUGGAGCAUUCGAAAGCACUAGAAGCUAAAUACUUAGAGGAUAAGUUUAAUAGAAGGAAGUCUCAUAAGGUUGAUACUUACUUAAGUAGUAUGCCUGUGACUCCAAAGAUGGAGAUUGCUCUGAAAAUCUCAGAUCAGUUUACCUUUGAAAAACUGAGGAGAGAAUCUGCCAUUAAGAAAGAUGAGGAUAAAAAUACUGGGGGAAUAUUUUCAACUAAAAAUAUUAAUACAGAUAGAAGAACAAGUAUCAAAAGUAAUACUAGAUCAUAAAAGAACUAAACUUUCACCAAAGCACUCUUUGGCUCUGUUUCAGUCUCAACUGCAUUCAAAAAGUCCAAAGAAGUCAAGGAGUUGAGAGUUAGUAGCACCACUUCUGAAGAUGAAAAGGAAAAGACUUUAAAAAAUGAAGAUAUGGUUAGAACAUUUAGAGAUGCCAGUCUGGACUAGUCUCUCAUUAAAAACAGCAACAGAACAAAUGAUGGUGAUGAUUCUAUUGACUAUGACAUGUCCUCAAAGAGGGGUUUCAUUGCUCCUAAGUCAAAGAAAACAUAUAGAUCAAGAAAAACAAGAGAAAUUGAAAAGUAAAAGGGUAACACAAUAAUAAAAGCUCGCCAUAAAAAAGCAAGUAAAUUUGAAGUCUAAGAUGGUUUCAAAAUAAAUAAAGAUGACUCAGAGUUAAACUUUGAAUAAGCACAGUUAGAAUUCGAUGAAUUACACAAAUCUCAAGUUUUUAAAGUGAAGACUUCCAAGAGAGUUGGGGAAAAAGCAAAACCAAAAAUUAUUACUGAGACUAUGAAAAUCUCCAUUAAAAAGCUUUGA